AUGGGGCUCAUCUGGAGGUGCCAGCUGUUCUACGUGGGUAACAUCACCAUUGGAACACCCCCUCAGGAAUUCCAGGUUAUCUUUGACAAAGCCUCAUCUGACUUGUGGGUGCCCUCUGUCUUUUGCACCAGUCCAGCCUGUUCUACACACGUCAGGUUCAGACAACUUCAGUCUUCCACCUUCUGGCCUACCCAUAAGACCUUCAGCAUCGCCUAUGGAUCUGGGAGAAUGAAAGGAGUUGCUGUUCAUGACACAGUUCGGAUUGGGAACCUUGUAAGUACUGACCAGCCAUUUGGUCUAAGCGUGGAGGAAUACGGGUUUGAAGGCAGAGCUUAUGAUGGCAUCUUGGGCUUGAACUACCCCAGCGUAUCCUUCUCUGGAGCCAUCCCCAUCUUUGACAAGCUGAAGAAUCAAGGUGCCAUUUCUGAGCCUGAUUUUUGCCUUCUACUUGAGCAACAUCUCCAUGAAAAGAAAGUUAUUGUUUGUUCUGGCAGCUGCAAGGCCCUUGUGGUUACUGGGACAUCACCGAUCUUUGGCCCAAGAAGACUGGUCAAUAACAUCCAGAAGCUCAUCGGUGCCACGCCUCUGGAUUCCGAACACUAUGUUUCAUGUUUUGUGGUCAAUACCCUGCCCUCUAUUGUCUUCACCAUCAAUGGUAUCAAUUACCCAGUCCCAGCUCAAGCCUACAUCCUCAAGGAUUCUAGAGGCCACUGCUAUACUACCUUUAAAGAGAACACAGUGAGGACAUCUAGAGAGACCUGGAUGCUGGGUGACAUCUUCCUGAGGCUGUAUUUCUCAGUCUUGGAUCGAGGAAAUGACAGGAUUGGCCUGGCACAGGCAGUAUAA